ACUUUCGCUUUCAAGAGUUUGUUGACAGAAAAGGAACGCUAGAGAGAGAAAAUCCAACCCUAGAGAGAGAAACAGAGAGAUCUUUUUUUUACCCAAAAAGAAAGAUAGAUCAUUCCCCGGUUUUGGCAACAAAAUCCACCAAAAUAUAGCUAUAUAAACGCCUCGAUUCGACCCAUGGUUUCUCACCUCACCGCCUCAUUCGCAUCACUAGCCAGGUCUUCACUGUAUCUAUUCCUGUAUGCCUCUUCAUUAGAGAGUUUUUCGCUUGAAUAGGUUAGGUGGUGGUGGUGGGGUUUUUGUUGUUGUUAGGCAUGUACGAUUCGAUGUGAAUUGCUUAGCUUACGGUUUAAUUUAUAUGGGUUUUUGGAAGUUGGGUUUGAACAACAGACGGUUGUUUCGUUAGGAAUUUUUUCAGAAUGGCAGUUUUUGUUGUCUGAUUGGGUUUUUUUCCCGAUGUUUAUCGUCGAAAAGGUGUUUUGUUUCCACCUUUGAUUUGAAUUUGGUGCUGAAACUGUAGUUGUUUUUGCCAUUGGAUCGGUCUUUACUUCGGUUUCGAAAGGUUAGGAUUAAGGGGGGGUUGGUUUUUGGUUAAUUGAUUAAGAGAUAGUGGAGGCAUGUAUAUUGAGGAACUGAAGGGAGGGGAAAGGGAUUCUGAAAUUGGUGAGGAGCAGGGUCGUGCUAAUCUUGAUCGUGGUGCGAUAGUUUCUUUGGAUGUGAAACGGGCUUUGGUUGGAGCAGGGGGUCGUGCUCUUUUCUAUCCGACAUUGCUGUACAACGUUGUUAGAAACAAGAUUCAAUCUGAGUUCCGCUGGUGGGAUAGGGUGGACGAGUUUAUAUUGUUAGGCGCUGUUCCAUUUCCUGCUGAUGUUCCAUGCCUGAAGGAACUUGGUGUUUCUGGAAUUGUUACACUAAAUGAACCACACGAGACGUUGGUCCCCACAUCGUUAUAUCAUAAUUACAACAUGGACCAUUUGGUAAUUCCUACAAGAGAUUAUCUCUUUGCUCCUUCUUAUGGUGAUAUUUUUCAAGCUGUCAACUUCAUCCAUGAGAAAGCAUCUUCUGGCGAGAUGACAUAUGUUCACUGUAAGGCUGGUCGAGGGCGCAGCACAACCAUUGUUCUAUGUUACCUGGUGGAACACAGGCAGAUGACACCUGAUGCUGCAUAUGAUUUUGUGAGGUCCAUUAGGCCAAGGGUACAAUUGGCCUCCUCCCAGUGGCAGGCUGUUCAAGACUACUAUAUCCAAAUUAUGGAGAGACCCGGAAGCAACACAUGCAUAAAGAAUUCUGAACUGGAAACUUCAGUCUUCCCUUUACAACAUGAUCUUGAGGCCUUUGAUGAUGGCUCCAUCGUGAUGGUGACUGAAUCAGACCUUGUCGGAUAUGACGCGACCCAUGACUCAGGUCUAGUGGGUAAUAAUUCAUUGGCGGAGCUGACCCUGGCUUGCCGGGUUCAGGUUGCUAGUCAGGCUGCUAUUACCAGGAUUUCAUGCUUGUGGCUUCGUUGCCACCACUGGAAGAAGUUGCUUGGAAGCUCAUUGGGCCCCGAACAGGUCGGAUGUAUCGCUGUUGAUAUUAGCAUUUACUGAGGUGUCAGUAGUCGGUACUGUCCUUGGAAGUCUUUUCCCAUUUUCCUUGGUUAUUACAGCAAUUUCAGACGAGUAGUGGUAAUAGUAACAAUUUUCACAACUUUUAUUUUACGCAUGGGAGUGGGGAACAAUUUUUCCUUGA